AUGCAUCAGUUCAAUACUCCCACAUACGCAGCGAAUUCAACCUCGACCUCGUCAUCCCACAAGGACAACAAGACUAAGGAUGACAAGAAAGGGUCCAAUGACAAGUCCAGAGGCCAGUCUAGGAAUAAAGAUUCCAACGACUCGUCCUCUAAUUCCAAUGCUAAGGACAAAAAGCAGCAGAAGAAGCAGCCCUUCGAGCGUGAGAACGUCAUCUUCUGCAAAUACCAUAAUGCUCUGGGUAAUCAUUACUCCAGAAACUGCUCAUUGAAGCAUGGUAACAACAAUAACUACUCUUCAAAUGCUGUCAUAUAG